GGCGUUGAUCGUCGCUCUCGCUGGGAACUGACAAGAGGAACGGAAAAUGGCGGACCUUGAAGACGUUACGCUGGACGGGAGACCGCUCCAGUCCCUUCGAGUAGCGGACUUAAAGGCUGCUCUUGAAGAGAGGGGACUGUCGAAGAGCGGUCAGAAGAACACUCUCAUUAAAAGACUCAAGGGGGCUCUCAUGCUGGAGAACUUGCAGAGGACCUCCACAGCUCAUAUUGGACUACAGCCAAACUCUCAGAUUGGCGAGGAAAUGAGCCAGAACAGCUUUAUAAAACAGUAUCUGGCUAAGCAACAGGAGCUACUGAGGCAGCGUCUGGAGAGAGAGGCUCGCGAAGCAUAUGAAACAAAUGAGCAAGAGGGUCAUGCAGAAGUCAACAACAGCACAUCAUGUCCUCCUCCUGCCCAGGAUGUCACACCAGCAUUAGCUGAGCAGCAUAAGCCAGCUGGCACCUCUGGUGGAGAGGGAUUGUUUGGUGCAGUAAAUGAGGGCCAAGGAAAUAGAAACCAGGAGGCUGAUGUGUCCAGUCCACCUGCUUCUGGCUCUGUGCCCAUGCGCGUUACUGGUACUGAGCAAAGGCCAGAGAGAGGCUCUGCAUCCAGCGAAGUCCCAGGUGACAGUGACGAUGAUGACAGCGACGAAGGUGACGAUGAUGGUGAUGAUGAUGACUGGGACAGCGGUGCUCGACGGAGAAACUUCAGAGAGCCAGCCAGGGGACCCACAACAAGGGAGAGGUCUGCGGCAUCCCGUCAACCCCAGCAGCAACACAUCCCUUCUCUUUUGUCACCCCAACUCCGCCAGCCAACACCACCUCCCUCCCCUCCACCAGAAUUAUCCUUCCCUUUGCCUGACACCCCUAAACAGAGCCCACCUAGUCCAGAUGUUGCCCCAGCUAGGCGUUCACCCAGUUCUUCCAGCUCUGGUUCCUCCAGCAGUGGUAGUCGCAGUAGCAGCCCUGAGCCACAGAGGAGUGGACAUAAUGAGCGCAGGCCAGGCCCGCUGACCCUUCUGGCACGUAAAAUGGAGUCAGAAGGUGCUUUCUCUGGAGCAGGAUGGCAUGCCACCGAUGGGGAAGGUGAUAGGCAGGACAGCAAUUCAUCCUCAGCUACAUCAUUUCCUGGCAGAGGACCACCAGAGAGCCUGGUAUCUGCCACCACUCACACAUCUAACACUGCGGAGCAUGUACGAUUUUCCAUAAUGCCAGGCACCAAUCAGGGCGUUGCAGGAGCACAUUCGGCCCAUAUUCAAGUACCUGUGAGUAUGCUUGAGCCCGCUGUGCCCGACGAGAGGGACAGAGAGAUGGAGUCUGACCUAGAAAGACAAGAGAAGCUGAGAAAACUUGAGCAAGAACGAGCCGUGGAGGAAGAGCGAGAGAGAGCCCUAGUACUGGAGCGAGAAAGAGAGAGAGCUUUGGAGAGAGAGAAGUUUGAGCGACAGCAGGCCUUAGAAAAAGAAGAGAGAGAGAAGGCUUUGCAGAGGGAGAAGGAACUUGCUCUAGAAAAAGAGAGGCAGGAGAGGGAACAAGCUUUGGCUAAAGAGAGGGAAGAGCAAAUGCAAGCAUUAGCACGAGAGAAGGCCUUGGAACUGGAGAGGCAGGCUGAGCUUCAAAGACAGAAACUUCUGGAGCAAGAGCGGCUUCAGAAAGAAAGAGAGGAGAGGGAAAAGCGAGAGAAAGAAGAAAUGGAGAGAGCUGCUUUGGAGCUUGAACGGGAGCGAGAAAGAGCUAUUGAGCAAGAGAGACUAGCUCUGGAGGCUGAGAGGAAGGAAAAGGAGCGGAUUGAGAGAGAAAAAGCUCUGGAGCAGGAAAGGUUAGAGAAAGAGAAGGAGAAAGCUUUGGAGCAAGAGAGGAUAGCAUGUGAAAAAGCCUUAGAGCAAGAAAGAAUCGAGAGAGAGAAAGCUAUAGAGCUAGAAAGGAUGGAGAGAGAGAGGGCCUUGGAGUUGGAGAGAAUUGAGAGAGAGAGAGCUGUAGAGUUAGAAAGGUUGGAAAGGGAGAGGGCCUUGGAGUUGGAGAGAAUCGAGAGGGAGAAUGCUCUAGAGCUAGAAAGGAUGGCGAGGGAGAGGGCCUUGGAGUUGGAGAGAAUCGAGAGAGAGAGAGCUCUAGAGUUAGAAAGGUUGGAAAGGGAGAAGGCCUUGGAUGUGGAGAGAAGAGAAAGAGAAAAAGCUCUAGAGCUAGAAAGGUUGAAGAGGGAGAGGGCCUUGGAGUUAGAGAGAAGAGAAAAGGAACGGAUUGAAAGGGAGAAAGCCUUGGCGCAAGAGAGGGAGGCAGCUCUGGAACAGGAGAGAAUUGAGAGAGAGAGGAAGGAAAAGCUGGAGAGGGAGAAAGCUGUAGAGCAAGAGAAACUAGAAAGGGCAAGAAAGGAGAAGGAGAGAGCUUUGGAGCAAGAAAGGCAAAAAGCUCUUGAACGUGAAAGGUUGGAGAAUGAGAGAGCCAUGCAGAAAGAAAGGGAGGAACAGGAAAGGAAGCUGGAACAGGAGAAAGAUAAAACUAGGUUGGCUGAAAAGGAGAGUGAGAGUCACCUCUCUCCAUCCAAAUGUGGCCUUGAGGUUGGUCUCACCUCCCUGCCAACUCCUCACCCCCUCUCCACAGGACCAGCUAUAAACUCGUCAACAGAGGCAGAAGACCAGGAGCAAGUCCAUGCUCCAGAACACCUAAGUGAAGCCCAAGCAGCAAAGUCUGGUGCAGCCACGUCACCAGCAUCUCUUUCAUCACACUCGUCAUUUAAGAAGUUCAAGUUCCUAAGGGACCCAGCUCAAGCGCAGUCCUUGUCCACAUCUAUGGUUAUUAAGCGGCCCCGCACAUUUUCUGAUGGCCCCCAGCCUCUCGCCCCACUUGUCACUUCUCCCACCAGUGUUGGGAAAGGACAGUUAGGACAGGGUCCUUCCCUUAAACAGGAAGAUUCAGAGAUACGGACAAAUCAGCAGGUUGCUGCUGGACCACCAGGAUCUGUGGGGAUCCAAUCUGAGGAGGAGCUUGCUGUUAGUACUGCAGUCGUUCCCAAAGAAGAAAGAGCCACAAGGCUAGUGUCGGAGAAUAAAGAACAGGCAGCUUCAGGAAAGACUGAAAAGGCUGCCAAGGAGUCCACCCAAAAACCAAAAGAUGUGGAUGAAAGCAAGGGUUUGACAAGCUCAGUGGGUGGAGCACAGCAGAGGGGAAGAGAUUCAAAGAAGGAAGGGAAACGAACAAGACAAGGAUCAUCAUCCAACGAUUCUUCAUCCUCUGAAUCAGACUCUGAGUCCUCAUCUUCUCGGUCAUCUGGCUCGUCCUCAUCUUCUCAAGAAAAAAACAACUCCUCCAGAGUUAAAAGGGAGGGGACACCUAAAAGAGAUUCCUUACCACGGCACACAGAGGCUCAGUGUGAGGAUUUGAAGAAAUCCCCAACAACCUCUCCCUGCAAAAGAGACACGUCUGCAGAGAAGAGGAACACAACUGCAGAUGGAGGCAGUCGCAGCAUGAAACAGUUUGCUGAAGCACAGACUGCAGGACAGACGCAUGGGAAGAGAACAGACAGUGAGGAAGAGGAGGAAAAGGACAAACAAAGGCAGGUGAAGGAGACUGCCAUGGCCGAUCCAGAGAAAUAUCAAGAAACCAGCGAGGAGAAAUCAAAGGCCUUCUCAGCUCGUAAGAUCUCUCUUAGCAGCAGUAAAUCAUCCCCGGGCACCAGCGGUGCAGAGGGUGAACAGGAGUCUGGGACAGUGGCCGGUCGCAAGAGGAGGUGGGGCUCCAGCACGGCUGUCACUGCCAAGAAACCUUCCAUCAGCAUCACCACUGAUUCACUCAAGUCUCUGAUCCCAGACAUCAGGCCGUGUUUAGGACAGGAGGCAGUAGUUGACUUGCAUCCAGAGGAAGCUGUCCUCUCUGGAGCUGAUGACGAAGACAGGGAGCGCUCUGAUCAGGAUCUUCAGAUUAGACGCACUGUCACACAGGUGGUGCAUUCAGAAAGCCAGGAGAAUGGACAAAGAGAAGCAAAGAGGAGCAGGCAAGAGGAGGUGGAGGAAGAGGAUCUACGGGUAGACCAAGAAAGGACAAAGGCUCAUGAAGAGCAGAUGGAUAUCUCCAUUCCUGUAGCUGUGGAAACCCAUUCACCAACACAUACCAGCCACGAUGUAGAAAUCAACACUGUGACCCCCAGCGACACCCUCAUCCGUCGCUCCAUCAGCCAGCAGAAAACAGGCGUUUCCAUCACAAUCGAUGACCCUGUUCGCACGGCCAAGCAGCCCUCACCACCUCGUGGAAAAGUCUCCACUAUUGUUCACAUCUGCAACCUGGUGAGGCCGUUCACUCUGGGACAGCUUAAGGAACUGCUCAGCAGAACUGGCACACUGGUGGAGGAGGGCUUCUGGAUCGACAAAAUCAAGUCUCACUGUUAUGUAACUUAUUCAAGUGUAGAGGAGGCAGUCGCCACAAGGGCAGCUCUUCAUGGAGUGAAAUGGCCACAGAGCAACCCAAAAGUUCUCAGCGUUGACUUCUGUCAGCAAGAUGAAUUGGACUUCCACAAAGGUUUGGCUGCAGCUGACAAACCUGGAGAAGAGGAGCAGGGACCUGGCUCCGGCCGCGGUCGAACAUCAGGCCUACCCUCUCUCCUUCCCGAGCGAGAUCAGUGGGCCGAACGCGAGCGUGAAAUGGAGCGCAGGGAGCGAGCCCGAGCAGAAAGGGAGUGGGAUCGCGACAAGGUCAGAGAGUUUGGAAAACACGGUGAAGAGAAGGAGGGAGGUCCGCGAAGGUCACGCUCCAGAGAGAGACGACACAAGGAGAGGGGAAAGAGCAAGGAGAAGAAGGAGAAAAUGGCCGAGGAUCCUCCCGCAAAGCUGCUUGAUGACUUGUUCCGCAAGACUAAAGCUGCUCCUUGCAUAUACUGGCUUCCACUUACAGAUGAACAGUUUGCCCAGCGGGAAGCUGCCAGAGCAGAACGGGCAAAAGAACGUGAGAAACGGCGGAAGGAGCAAGAGGAGGAGGAGAAAAAAAGGGAAGAGGAGCGCAAGGAGAGGAUGAAAGCUGGAGGAGGCACAACAGAACGCAGUGAGGGUGAGAAAGACAAGGACAGAGACAGAGAGAGGGACCGGGACCGAGGUAGAGACAGAGACAGAGACAGGGAGAGGGAAAGGGAAAGGGAGAGGGAGAACGACAAACGCAGGGAUGGCUACCGUAGGCCAGGGGGCAGCGGGGCUGGCGGAGGCCGACGCUCACGCAGCCGCAGUGAACCACGAGAAAGGCGGCGCUAAUGGCCAAUCAGCUGAUGGAACUGUCCUAGAGACUGCCCUCUUCCAUUUGCCUUUCACUACAUGUACUUUGUUACAACUAAGACCCAACAGAGGACCAACUGAUGUCGCUACCAUCGUUCAAAUUGUCACCCUUUUUUUUUGUUUUUUUUUUGUUUUUUUUAAAGCACAUUUACACCUACACAGAAUCAUGCUUUAAGGGGACCAUGAUUUGUUUUUUCUUUCUUUUUCUUUAAUUUUUUUGCAGUCUUGUUUCUUAGAGCGCUGUACGUGGCGUUCCCUGUCAAGAUUUGAUCUCGUUUCCUUUAUACAUUCGCCUCUUUCUCUCCAGUUUUUGUGUUGACAGCAUAGCUGUUUGACUCACUGGGUAAUUUUAAUUAUUUACCCCCAAUGUUCCCCAUUUGCCCCAUAGUGUGGGUGCCAGUUAUGAUUUGCAGUCAAUUGUUGUCGCCUCUGUGUUUAACAAUUUGGAUGAGGAAUCCUUUUGUUGCUGCAUGUGGUUUAAGGCUGCUCUUGCCAGUCCUGCCUAAAGAGAAAACUCAGUCCUCUCCGGAGAGGACUGCGUAAAUCAGAAAAUACUGAAAUAGGAGUGUUUGGCUUUUGUACAGACUUAAGAUUACUUAAAAUCAAGUCUUUAAAUGAGGCAGCUCUGGGGUGUUUUUAAACAAGCGUGGAAUAACUACUAAGGCAAUGCAGUGUUCCUCUGUCUCUGUUAAGAGAUGAGUUUAUUCUCUGUGGGAGAGAAUCUGUCACAGCUGACACAAAUUAUGUUUAUGUCCUCAUUGAUUCUCCUCUUCUCCCUUUCUUCCUCUUCCUCCUGUACUCUGACCCUGUAGUGUCGAUACAGGCCUGAGAGGGGAGCUUGCAUUAUGAGUUUUCUCACCAAUGGUUUUAAUAUUGUUUUUUAAUCUUUAUUUUAUCAUUUUAGUACAAAGAAUUUUUUUUUUUUGUUUGUUUUUUGUUUUUUUAAUUUCUUCUUUGAGUACGCCUAUCAGUGGUGAAUGUACAAAUAAUAAAAAUUGAAGUUUGA